UGGGAUUCAGCCCACAGGAAGGGCGGUCUGGUCUCCUCCUUCCUCCCGUCGUCGCCCCCGGUUUUGGCUUCGUCCCUCGCCCGCUUCCCCGCACCGCGGUUUGGCUGCCUUUGCCUCCCUCCCUCUACUUCUACUGCAGACCCCCGCCCCCCAUGGAUCGAAAUAUCAGCAAUCCACUCCCUCCUCCCGAUUUAGGAUAUAUAUACCCACCCCCGUCGAUCCCUUCGCCCAGUUCGCCACCGCGCCGCCGGACCCUGUCUCGCCUGUUCCGGCCCGUCCUGCCGCCGCGCCUUGAGGCAAGAUCCCGCUGCGGCGUCGCCAGGGGCUCCUGACCGCGCGGUCUCGCCCUGCCAUGCCGGUUCAGGUCGGAGGGAGCAAGGUGGCGGAGCCCAGGGCCAGGGUGGAGCUCUCGCCCACCGCCGUCGCCGACAAGGGCCGCGCCUCGUCCAAGAAGUUCCGCCGCCGCCAGAAGAAGGCCACGUCUUCCCUGUCGCCGAUGCAGAGGCUGUUCGACACCAGCAAGGAGGUCUUCGCGGGCUCCUCGCCGGGUUUUGUGCCGCCGCCGGACGCCGUGGCGCGCCUCUCGGGCCUCCUCAAUGAUUUAAAACCACAGGAUGUUGGGGUAGACUCUAACAUGACGUACUUCAAGCAUGCUGAUUCUAGAGGCCCCCCUCGAGUUAGUUAUCUGCAUUUCUAUGAUUGCCCCAAGUUUUCGUUUGGUAUCUUCUGCUUACCGAAAUCAGCAGUUAUUCCCCUUCACAACCAUCCUGGGAUGACAGUAUUUAGCAAGAUACUAUUUGGUUCCAUGCACCUGAAGUCAUAUGACUGGGCUAAAAGUUCGCCAGAUAGCAAUGAUAAUGCACUUGAGAACUCAGAUGGAGCUCGUUUGGCCAAGGUAAAUACUGAUGCUGUUUUCGACGCUUCAGCUGAGACCGUAGUUCUGUACCCUGAGAAUGGAGGGAAUUUGCACUGUUUUACUGCGUUGACCCCUUGUGCCGUGCUGGAUGUGCUGGGCCCCCCUUAUGACCGUGAUGAUGGAAGGGAUUGCUCAUACUAUGAUGAAUCACCGUUCUUGAGUUCAUGUGGUGGAGAUGAACAGUAUUCUUGGCUUAAAGAGGUUCCUACCAAUUUCGAGAUGAAAGGUACACAGAUGCCGCGGAAGUUUAGCAUCUAGGCAUUACUGGCAUGGCAUUGUGGCGACACUGGAAGAGGAUGAAGCAAAUACCGCUAGCUUGGUGUAGAUAUCUGUAGCCGUGAAGACAAACAACAGUGGGUACUGGAAAGACUGGGCCGGGCCGGUUGCGCAGGCUAGGAAACUUGACAUUUAUUUGACUUUAUUUCGUCUGGGUUGAAACAAAACAAUCUCUUGUGGGUUGGGAUGACUCUGCUUCUCUUAUGCUACCAGAGUGGUCUAAUAGCGCAAUUCGAAUUUGGGGUUUUUGGGCCAUGAUCAUUUUUUUGUUUCCCUGUAGGCAGAAAUGUACGCAGGUGUUCCUUUUUGAAAUGAUCAUGGACCGAAUUAGUGGGUCGUUUGCUUGGUUUGUUGAGCAGGGGAGGGUAGCUUCACCUGCUUUUCAUGUUUCAGGGGCGCAUCUUCUGUUUCCUUGUUGAACAAAGAAAAUGUCUCAUGUUAUAUCCUUGCA